GAAGUGUGAAGGGGAGAACCGGCUCCUCGGACGAGCCAAUGGUGGACAGCGAAGUGUGACGCCGUGGACAUGGCGGCGGCGAUCGGCCAGCCCCAGGACGUGUCGGACGGUCGGGUAACUUUGGGCAGGACAAGGCAAGAGAAGCGGCUGUUUCAGUAGUGUUUGUACCCAGAACUCAGCGAAGUCUACCCUUGGGUAGAGCGAACGUCCGGCCAUGGCUUACCACUCGGGAUAUGGAGUCCACGGUUCCAAGCAUAGGACCCGGGCAGCUCCAAACCCUCCUCCACUCUUCGAUGAUACAAGUGGUGGUUAUUCCAGCCAACUAGGCGGAUACCCAGCCCCAGGAGCUGAUGUAGCCUUCAAUGUCAACAACCUGCUUGGAGACCCAGUGGCCAAUAUGGCUAUGGCCUAUGGCAGCUCCAUAGCAUCCCAAGGGAAGGACAUAGUGCACAAAGAGCUACACCGUUUUGUGUCUAUAAACAAACUCAAGUAUUUUUUUGCUGUGGACACAGCCUAUGUAGCCAAGAAGCUAGGGCUAUUGGUCUUCCCUUACACACAUCAGAACUGGAAAGUGCAGUACAGUCAUGAUGUGCCUCUGCCCCCACGGAAAGACCUCAAUGCGCCUGACCUCUAUAUCCCCACCAUGGCCUUCAUCACAUACGUGCUGCUGGCUGGGAUGGCACUAGGCAUUCAGCAAAGGUUCUCCCCAGAGGUGUUGGGCUUGUGUGCGAGCACAGCACUGGUGUGGGUGUUAAUGGAGGUGUUGGCUCUGCUUCUGGGCCUCUACCUGGCCACCGUACGCAGUGAACUGGGCACCUUCCACCUCUUGGCCUACAGUGGCUACAAGUAUGUAGGGAUGAUCCUCAGUGUGCUCACAGGGCUGCUUUUCGGCAGUGAUGGCUACUACGUGGCCCUGGCCUGGACAUCGUCUGCACUCAUGUACUUCACUGUGAGUAUGGGGUGUUCUUCCCCUCUUCUCCUCUGGGACACAUGUCCCUUCCUAGCCCACUCAGCUCUCCUCUCUUCCAGGUACGAUCUUUGCGGACUGCAGCUUCGGGUCCUGACAGCAUGGGGGGCCCAACCCCUCGGCAGCAUCUCCAGCUGUACCUGACCCUGGGAGCCGCUGCCUUCCAACCCCUUAUCAUAUACUGGCUGACCUUCCACCUGGUCCGGUGACCCCUGGUCCUUUGGUGGCACUGAGUUUUCCAUACAUUGAAGAUUUGGUUUCCUUAA